GAUGCAGAAAAAACAGAUCGGGAGAAUCUGGCAGGGAGCGCCUCCCACGCGCGCUCUCGUCACACACCAUGCUCUCCGCAGCUGCCUCGCCGCCGCCUACUCCCCCCUUGCUGGCACCCCUUCCGCCGCGACAAGCGCCGCAGCAGCCAGCCGCUUCUCUCGCACAGCAUCCUCCUCGCCGCUCUGCUGUCUGCUCUAGCCCCGUGACCUCCCGGCCGCGCGUAGGCUGUUCGAUGGAAUGCCUCACAGGGGCACCGUAGCUGGAAGUGCCUGUCCGUUACCGCUCUGCCCGGCAGAACGCAGUAGUUUGCGACAGAACGUGUAUACGUAUCAACGUGUCGGCCUCUUCAAAUGUGCGGUGCACGUCUUUUGGGGUAUGAAUGAGCAGGACAUCGUUUCGGUGAACUCUGUCACGUCAGUGUACAAAGAUGAUAGCCAGAGCGAUGCAGUGUUCGAGUGUUUCCCGUUGGUUAGAAGCCAUGGUUUUUUGGUCGACAAGUGCAGUGUGUCAACGGUGCUUACCAUGUGCACAUAUAUCAAGGAUUUGGCUAAGGGUUACCAGCUCUUGGCCCUUUGCAUUAAAACAUGACUCCUGUCAUCUAUAGUGCUGUUUUCAGCAUGUUGUCCAUGUCUGUCAGAUUGCUUGAUGCCAUCAUGUUUUUCGAGGGAUUAACCAACAAAGUGGGACUCAGAAACAUGUAAUGCGAUGAUAUUGUAUAUACCAGAAGUGGUUUAAUGGAGCAAGCUCUGGGCCUCUUUGGGAUGGCUCUGUGAAAUGCUGUUCUUCCAACUGAGUUCACUUUUACAAGUGUGCUGAGAUGGAGCUUCUGUUUUGGUCUGAUGGAGCAGGGCACACAAAUCCACGGGCUGGUAUAUAAACGUGGGUUUGAGGAUGAUAUAAUUGUCGCCAUUGCUCUCAUUGACAUGUAUUGUAAGUUAGGUUCCUUGAAGCAUGUCAGGAAACUCUUCAAUGGUGUCUGUGCCAAGGAUUUGCUGCUAUGGAAUACAAUGGUUGUUGGUAUAUCGCAGAAUGGGAAAGGCAGGGAAGCUAUUCCAAUUACCGAGGCUGAGGCCUCCUACUAAGUAGGAGCAUUUUGCAAAGUCAAAAUUCGAAAGGUGAACCUGUUCCUUUUGCUGGCUUUAUGAGUGCCUUUUAUUGCAAGUGUAUAAACUUGAAUCUUUCUGUAACAGAAACAUACUUGCAGGGAUUAUUAACGCAAGAAGAACAAGUGUGAAUGGGAUGAGCAAACUUCUUCGUGGAAGCGGACUUGUGGCUAUGAUCGUGUUAAUGACGAUAGAGACAAUCCGAUCAUUGAAGCCAGAAUCACAGAUGAGCCCGGUGUUGAUCCUUUUGCUCAAUAGAGGGAGGAGAAGAAGAACAGGUUGAUUAUCAAGAAAAGAACAUACUUUAGAAUUUAAAGAACGCUGCAAAAGUUAGUGCUCUGCCAAGCUGUGCCGUCUUGCCGCUCUUGCCAUCAAGGUAUAUAAAUACAGUUUUCUUUGCCGAGCUUUGUGCUAAUCGAAAGAUAAUUUCUGAGGUGCACAAGAACUCUGUAUUCGACAGUGCCGGAAAGACCAUUGAUUUUCGGGCAAGCAAGAUCAAGCAGUGCACAUGGUACCGACUUCGCAACCUCAGCCUGCAAUGGGUGAUGUCACCCCUGCCGAUUCACAGCCAACUUAACCAUUCCCUGGCAAUCCAGCUCAGCUCAGUGCUCAGGAGCAGCUUAUGUACGAGCAGUCGCAGGAGUAUCAGCUGCAGCUCCAGCAGCAGUGCCAGAGGCAGCUCCAGCAGUUCUGGGCCGAGCAGCGGUCAGAGAUCGAGCAGGCCACCGACAUCAAGAACCACCCCCUGCCACCCACCAGGAUAAGGAAGAUCAUGAAGGCCGACGAGGACGUCCGCAUGAUCUCGGCAGAAGCUCCGGCGCUCUUCGCGAAAGCAUGCGAGAUGUUCACACUGGAGAUGACGAUGAGGUCAUGGAUGGUCGCCAAGGAGGACAAGCGCCGGAUCCUGCAGAGGAGUGACAUCGCUGCUGCUGUGGCUAGGACUGGCAUUUAUGAUUUCUUGCUGGAUUUAUUUACCAGCGAAGAGACGAAGCAGGGCUUCUUGCUUCCUAGGGCCGGGCAGGGGCAGCAGCCCAUGGGGGCUCAAGCUGGUGCAUACCCGUACUACUAUGCGCCGGAGCAGCAGGUGGCAGGUGCGUCUAUGGUGUAUGGUGGCCCGUCGACUUAUGUGUGGCAAGAGCCUCAGGUGCAAGAGCAGGGCCAUCCGUCCAGCACCUACGUGUGGCAAGAGCCUCCGCAACAGCAGGAGGGGCCCUGAAGCUAUCACCGGAUUCAGAGCCCUCGUUUCAGCCUGGACAUUUCCAAAAAACUUUGGGUUUCGCGUUAGCUUUCAUAUGAUCGUUAUUCGUCGUUUCAAACAGGUCAAAGUUUGGUUGCUGUUGUCAUGGUGUCGUAUGAGAGGUACUAUGAAUUUGUGAUUCGAGACUAAUUGGUCGAAUUUUACCAUUCCAAACCCAAAAGUUUGCCUCCGGUGUAUGCCUUGUUUUUAUUUCUAUGUAUUUGUGAUAUGUUUGC